AUGAAAAGUAAGCUUUUUACCUCGAAAGAAGACAAAGACGAAGACAAAGAGAGAGUUUUAAGCGACGAGAUGAAAACGAGAAGUACUCAGAGUGGUAACAGUGAUAAAAGUGGUCGUUUGCCGAAAGAAAUCGAUUGGGAACAUUUGGAUAAAUCGAAAUUCUUCCUCAACGGGAUAGGCGCCUUCUCUUUGGCGACGCUGGCGUUGUACCCACUCUCGGUGGUGAAAACGAGACAAAUGCUGGAAGGGACGAAAAUUCAAACGCCGUUUAAAGACGUGGUGAAGAACGUGAUAAAAGACCGAGGGUUUAAAGGUUUAUACGCGGGAUUUGGGACGGUCGUGUUCGGGGCGAUACCUUUGCGGAUGGUGUAUUUAUCGACGUUGGAAUAUACGAAAGGGAACGCGCGAACGCUGUGCGAGAAGUACGAGGUGGAGGAGAUGUAUUACGGGAUCGCGGACGCGGCUGGUGGAGCGACGGCAUCGUUCGUGAGUCAGACGUUAGGAACGCCGAUAGAUAUUAUCAGUCAGAGGCAACAAGUGAGUGGGCUGAGACACGCGAAUUUUACCAAGGACGGGACGUUGAGCCCUUCGUCGUCGGCGGCGAGGAGUAGCGGGAGUAGCGUCGAGGCGAGUAAUACGGUAUUUCGCGGGUAUAGGAAUGGGUUUCACGCGUUCAAGGAAAUAUUGAGAAACGAAGGCGCGAGAGGUUUGUAUCGCGGGUACGUGGCCUCCGUCGCUACGUUGGUCCCAUCCAGCGCCAUUUGGUGGGGAUUUUACGGGACGUACUCGAGGGUGUUUUGGAACCAGUACACGAAAAUGUACAGUGGCGACGAUGAGAAAUUGAACGACAACAACAACAAUAGCAUCGGUGAUGGCGAAGAAUUCAAUAUCGACGAUAUCGACGAUAACAUCGCGUUAGGUGUUACCGCGUUGAGUGGGCUGUGCGCUGGGAUGAGUUCGGGAUUCAUCACGACGCCUUUGGAUGCGGUGAAAACGCGGUUUCAAGUUUUAUCCGGGCAACAGCAAAACAUUAACACUAGCAAGAAUACUAGCGACGGCGGCGGCGGAAAUAAUAAUAGUCACACUAGCAGCAAUUAUAAAAGGAUGACAAUCGCCUCGGUGGCGAAGGACUUGUAUCGAAAACACGGCAUUCGAGGGUAUUUCCGUGGCGUUUUGCCUCGAAUGGCGAGCGUUUCGUUGUGGGGUACGACCAUGGUUUCCUUAUUCGAAGCUUUGAAACGCUCGGCGGCGGCGGAAUCGGCGGCGUUAGCCGCAGCCGCGCGCGAAGAGGACGACGACGAUGAAUGA